UGGAAGGAUUUUGUGUGCUGCAGGGUUGAACGCGCAUGCAAAUUGUGUUUGAUAUACAUCAUAUCGUAUUUUCGAAAUUUUCUGCGAUUGCAAGAUUUCCUCGCCCGAUAGGGUAGGAAGUAAAAAUGGUAUGGGUGCAAAGGUUCUUUAUACGGCACUCUACUUGCCUCCUAUAAUUUCCACUAAUCCUGCAUGAGAUAAACGAAAUGGAGGAUUCGCCGAGUGACGACUGAUCGUUAGCAACGAAAUUCCAACGUGUAGCUGAGUAUGACGUCUCUAGCGAUGUAAGCAUACUGAAUUAUUUAACAAGCUGACCUUACCGCGAGGUCUCCACUCAAACUCAGACGCGGCUCUGUAGUGUGGUGCUGUGGUAGCCAUCGUUAGCUGCGGGUUGGUUGCUGGUCGUGAUCGUACAACCUGUGUGACAUCGCCCCCUUUUUUAACCCUAAUUUGCUCGAAAUGGAUAUCGUCAGGACAUCCGGAAUAGGCUAUUUCCUGCUGGGAGGACUCAUCAUGGAGGAGGCCAACGCCCAAUUGGGCGCCCAACAGAUACCGGAGACAUCCGACUCUUUAUUCGGAACCUUCGACCUGAUCCUCAUGGCCAUAUUGGUAGGAGCAGUCAGCUACUUCCUGCUGUACAAGAACAGAAAGACAACGACUAUCGCAUCUGGACGAUCAUACUCAAUACAGCCCACGUCAAUGACACUACAAAGCACCACAGACAAUUCAUUCAUUAAGAAGCUCCAAACGUCAGGACGAAGUUUGGUGGUCUUUUAUGGAAGUCAAACUGGAACAGGCGAAGAGUUUGCCGGUCGCUUAGCUAAGGAAGGCGCCAAGUACAGACUAAAGGGUAUGGUGGCCGACCCAGAAGAAUGUGAUAUGGAAGAAUUAGUGAACCUAAAAAGCAUCCCGAACUCGCUAGCAGUAUUCGCAAUGGCAACUUAUGGAGAGGGCGACCCUACAGACAACGCUAUGGAGUUUUACGAGUGGCUCAAGAAUGGAGAUGCCGAUCUAACUGGUCUCAACUAUGCUGUAUUCGCUUUGGGAAACAAAACUUAUGAACACUACAACGAAGUGGGAAUCUACGUGGACAAACGAUUAGAAGAACUGGGAGCAACAAGGGUGUACGAAUUGGGCUUAGGUGAUGAUGACGGAAAUAUUGAAGACGACUUCAUUACGUGGAAAGAUAAGUUGUGGCCAGCGGUAUGUGAGUUCUUCCAUAUUGAGUCGACUGGCGAGGACGUCAGCAUGAGGCAGUACAGAACGGAGGAGUAUGAUGAACCACUGGAAAGAAUAUUCACAGGUGAAAUGGCCAGGCUGCACUCGCUGAAAAACCAGAGGCCGCCGUUCGAUGCCAAGAACCCCUACCUAGCUCCCAUCCAAGUGAACAGAGAACUUCACAAAGAUGGAGACCGCUCGUGCAUGCACAUCGAGCUUAACAUCGAAGGAUCCAAGAUUCGGUACGAUUCCGGUGACCACGUCGCCAUUUAUCCCGUCAACGACCGAGAGCUAGUCGAAAAAUUGGGCACGCUGUGCGACAAGGACCUCAACACCAUUUUCAGUUUGAUCAACACAGAUGAGGAAUCUAGCAAGAAACAUCCGUUCCCUUGUCCGUGCUCGUACAGAACUGCCUUGAGCUACUACGUCGACAUCACCCAGAACCCCAGGACUCACGUGCUGAAAGAACUUGCUGAAUACUGCUCAGACCCUGCCGAUAAAGAAAAACUCAAGUUAAUGUCAAGCACAUCGUCUGAAGGCAAAGCUCUGUACCAGAAAUGGGUAAUUGAAGAUAACCGGAACAUCGUGCAUAUAUUAGAGGACAUACCAUCUUGUAAACCCGCUUUAGACCAUGUUUGCGAACUGAUGCCCAGGCUUCAACCAAGGUAUUACUCAAUCUCGUCAAGUUCUAAAGUUCAUCCGACAAGCAUUCACGUGACAGCAGUAGUCGUAGAGUAUACGACGCCGACAGGAAGGCUGAACAAAGGCGUAGCAACAACAUAUCUCAGGAAAAAGAAACCUCAACCUGAAACUGAAAAGCCAGUAGUGCCGAUCUUCGUACGAAAGUCACAAUUCAGGCUACCAACCAAACACCAGACCCCGGUUAUCAUGAUUGGCCCCGGUACCGGCUUGGCGCCCUUCAGGGGCUUCAUCCAGGAACGAGACCACGCCAAAAACGAAGGCAAAGAAGUUGGAGAGACAAUCUUAUACUUCGGAUGCAGGAAGAAGUGCGAAGACUUCAUCUAUGGAGAAGAGCUGUUGGAAUAUGAAAAGAAAGGCUUACUGAAGUUGUACUGUGCUUUCUCCAGGGAUCAACCUCAAAAGGUCUACGUGUCGCAUUUGUUGGAACAACACACCGACGAAGUAUGGAGGCUCAUUGGAGAAAGUAAUGCGCAUUUGUAUAUUUGUGGCGAUGCCAAGUCCAUGGCCACAGAUGUACGAAACGUGAUUCUGAAGAUCUUCCAAGAAAACGGCAAAAUGACCGAACCCGAAGCUCAGGCGUAUCUUAAGAAGAUGGAGACACAGAAGAGAUUCUCAGCUGACGUGUGGAGUUAAACUCUCGUACAAAAGAUAGGAGAUGUUUAUUUAUUUAAUAACGAAUAAGUUCUUAUCGAAGAAUAACAACGUGUCUUGCCAUUCCGACAUUAGCUGAUUGCACUAGUCAGUAUUGACAAGUUAUGUAAGUUUGGGAAGCUAGAUACAUUUCCGUGAAGGUAUUAUGAUUGUAUUUUUGUUUUACUUUGCCAAGGGACUGUCAUCGUUAUUUGUGUUUGUACUUCUGUAUGAUACAGCCGCGUCAUGAUUCUAUAAAUCAGAUUUCAAUAUUAUUUUGGGCACCUCCCAUACGUUAUAUUGUUAUGGACGGGAAUGAAAUAAAAAACUCAUCAAUUUUCUAGUAGCAUAGUUAGUCUUUGUUUCAUGGGGUGAACAUGUAGGUUUUAGUCAUUCAUUUUCUGUAGAAUAGCAUCAUCUUCACCCUCAUUUUUUGUAAAUAAUAUCCCACUAAAUUGACAAAAAUUUAUAAUUAAAAAAAUCGCAAAUAUUCGAAUCGCUGAUGAAAAUAAGGACCAAUCACCUUCCAUGCUCAUAUAUAUGACAUGUCUGUCACUUCCGCAUCAAUACAUUACGUAUUUUGUCAAAAAAAAAUUAUCAUAAAAAAUUAUAUAACUUAGUGACAAUUUCCUCCAAAUCCAAUAUUUUUCCAUCUACUGUGCGCAUACUAUUUUGUGAUACUUUUGAUAUAUUUUAGAAUUGUGCAUAUGUGAUUGCGGUUUAAUUUUAGAAAUUCUUUUAGUCUAUACAUAUUUAUGACAUUGUUGCCGAACCGAAGUCGGUAGAUAUUUUUAUAUUGCUCGUGCGCACACAACACAGAUUUUUUGAAAUCAUUUUUUUCUACGUGUCGCUCUUGGCUGUGGCUCUUUCUCUGAAAAUAUCUGAAUUCUUCCAGAAAAUCGUGGAAAAGCAGGACUUUUUCGGUUUUUCGGCAGAAAUACAGAAUAAUCGAUACAUUCGGCAACAGUGGACAACACCUAUGUAUACUUUUGUGAAUCAUUCCAUAAAGUGCCUUGUAGUUGUUUUUGUCAUUGGUUAUAAGUUCAUUCUAAGUUUCAUAUCUGAUUGGGUAUAAUAGUGACAUAAAAAAUCAUCAGUCCGAUGUUGGCAACAGUAAACUUGAGAAUAACUUUUUUCUAGUGAACUUAUAAUCAUGUAUCUGUGCUAUGACUGUCAUUUGUUGAUUAUAUUUUUUACUAUUAUAUAAGCCAUAUUUUAUUAAAAAUGUAUAAUAAAAUAUAUUUACUUUCAG